AUGUGCUUUUUCGUCCUCCAUUUUGACUGCGUUGGUGGAAUACUCUUGGUUUGGACUUGGAAUAUUUCGAUUUUUCGCUAAAAUGAGUUUCGAUGGCAGUAAAGGACCUCCAAAYAUCGAUGGCAUGACUAGUUUGAAAGUCGAUAAUCUUACUUAUCGAACGGGAGUAGACCAAUUAAAGAAGGUAUUUGGAAAAUAUGGUGAUGUYGGAGACAUCUACAUCCCACGAGAUCGCAAACAUCUUCAAUCUCGGGGCUUUGCCUUCGUUCGAUUCUGGGAAAAAAGAGAUGCCGAAGAUGCUAUGGAUCUUCUAGAUAAGAGUAUUCUGGAUGGAAGGGAGAUCAGAGUACAAAUGGCAAGAUAUGGUCGCCCWACCGAGGAUUACAAACCAAGACAACGCAGCAAUUACUCGAGAAGAAGCUAUCGUUCUCGAUCUCGCUCACCAAGAAGAAGAGGUCGCUACUCCCGUUCAAGAUCAAAAUCUCCUCGUCGACGAUAUUCCCGUUCAAGAUCGCCAAAGCGUCGUUCACGUUCGUUCAGCCCUCGUCGAUCGAGAAGCCCAGUAAAGCGAUCCCGCAGCCGGUCGCCACGACGCUCUCGUUCAAGAUCUCCCAUGCGUCGGUCACGAUCCCCAAGACGGUCACCUUCUCGAUCUCCAAGACAUGAACAAAAUGACAAUAGCGGAGCCUACAAUGAGGCUGCUGAUCUUGAAUAACUUCUGUUAGUUUGUUAAUGUUUGCAAUGUAUGGUGUUUUUCUUUCAGGGGAUGCUGUUUUAGCUGACAUGCAGCCCAAGCCAUUGCACCUCCUAACUUUUUCUGAUUAGGUAGUGACUUAUAUUCCUGAUUUUACGCUUUCUUUAUUUUUACACUACCCGAUCUUCCGCGUGAAAGACAUGCUUACACUUUAAAAUAACAAAUUUUGUUUCUAAGCAACAACAAAAGUUUUUCCUGUUAUGUUGUAAAAUAUGCAUGCUCGGUUUUUAAUAACUUGUUCUGAUGCCUAUGCAUUCACUGUUCGUUGAUGCAACAAAGUUGUGUCAUUAUCUUCUAGAGAAAAUGUAAAGACUAGAGUUAGAUCCAUUUGAUAGCUUAGUAUUUCAAGUCAGGGUUAAUCUUUGAUAUUUUAGCCAAGUAUUUCCAUUGGGAUUAAUUGAACAUGUAUUUUCAUAUGAUAUUUUUAUGCAGCUUUGCUUUCUUUUUCUGUCAAUCAAAUGUCAAACAAAAUGUAGCAAAAGCUAUCUGUGUCACCCRCUUUUGGAGGCAACAACAGAAGAAAGCUGAAAAUGCAAUACGUCUUUGUGUUAAUAAGUAGGUCUUGACAUUUAAAAAAGAAAGCAAAGUUGAUCUGCUCCUAUCCACCUGUAUUGUCCAGUCCUUCCCCAUUAAAUAUAUCACUGUUUCCUGUAGGCGCAGUAGUUAAAUGCAGUACUGGUCUGAUGACCUGAGCGGGCAGCGACUGUCUACAGUGUAAUACUGUGUUCCAGUGUUGCUGACCAGAGAGUUGGUGUUAUGCAGAGCCACAGACUGUUUCCAAAUUUGCUGAAUUUUGAGUGCUGAAAACGUUGCAGAUUGCAGACCAAUUGGCAGCUGUGUACCAAAUUUUUUUUGCUGAAAAUACAUGAUGUGGUGAACUCGGAGUCUAAGCUGAAAAAAAUAUUGAAAAGCAGUUUCAAUGAAGUCAAGAUUGGUUURAARCASAACUACAAAUUGUUGUGAAACUGAGYGUGAGAUGUGAAGUGUGACAUAAAAAARCARUGAAACUGGAAGAGUGAAAYCUUUGUUUCAAGAGAGUGUUUGUURUGUAGAAAGAUGUGAAAAAAGGAGUGUAAAAGCAGAUGGAGCAGAAACAAUGAAAUUGUGCUGUGGUUUUGAAGUGAAWGUUGUGAGGCUGAUCCUUCUACUGAAGUAAACUAUGCAAGUGCAGUAGUCGUUGAAGCAGUGAGGGAACCUGAGAAAUGAUUAUCAUUGCAUCAUUCUGCAUCUCGAUUAGUCCAGGAAUAACUCCUGUAAAUGCUGGUGAAGCAUUGUUUUGGGAUGCUGUUGAAGAUGGCUGCUAUGUUGAAGAUGGUUACCAUGUCUGUAGUUAAAGAUAUGUGAAUGUCACCCCAUAAAAACGAGUGUGAAGACGGGUUGGAUUGGAAGCACUAAGGGAGAACCACAGUUGUAAAGGUUAAAUGAAAGAGUGGUUCUUGUUAUCAAGUGUUGGUUAUAAACCUAAGUGAAUGAGUUUGUGGUGAUGUUUGAGUAUGGUGGAGGGUUUGGAAAGUAACACUUGCAUCUGGUGAAAGUCGACAAGCUGGAAGUCUAGUUUGUGUGAGCAAAGAUUGGUGAUAAAGAUAAUAGAUGUCGGUAAUAAGAUAUUGCGAAUSCAGGGUGACUUGAAGAAAGUUUGUCUCCUUUGACAAAUCCUGACAAACCUCAUUCUAAGUGCAGCAGGGGACUCGAAUGGUAUCGACGCGUGAUAUGAGUGUGAAUCGAUGUAGCAUAUAAAGUUCCUGGGACUGUCACCAUGUCGCGAAGAGCGAGUGAAAUCUCUCCAAAAUUAGCGAUGCAGAUGAUAGUCAUGCGCUGCAAGCCGGGACGUCUUACUAUUGGUUCAGAAAAUAAUUGUUGAUUCCAAUAAAUGUGUUSAAAUUA